AUGACACGUGGAAAACAUCAACAUCUUGCACCGCCAUCGAAAGUGGCUAAAGUAAAUCGUCUUCGCUUCUUUGGUCAUAUAUUAAGGAGACCGGCAGAUCGCCCUGUUCAACGAGUUCUGAGGAGUUCGUCGGGUUCGAGCUGGAAGAAGCCACCUGGCCGAAAACGGAAGUUCUGGACUGAGGUGGUGAAAGCCGAAAACGGAAGUUCUGGACUGAGGUGGUGA